AUGGCGGUUGCUCAAUCCGCUUACCCGUGGGCAUCUCUCCCCAAGCAAUUUGCCAAAUUCACCAAUUGCACGGCUGGCCUCGACUUGACUCUUCGCCUCAUCCAGGCCCUGGCGCAAGUGGCCGCUGAAAUUGGCAUUGAUAAUGCAUUGGCCAUGAAAUGCUCGAUGGUCACGUCGCAACUAGCGAUGGCAAGGCGAUAUUUUCGGUUCUUUUGCUUUAUUGACUGCUUCGGACAUGUUCAUGAUCUCCUGGUUGGGGACGCCGUGGCUACAGGGAAUAUCCUGAGGACCAUGGAGAUGGCAGAAUCCAGCUUAUUAGGGCUCUAUUUUGUCAUGGAAGAUCUGACUAUGCUCCAUGAUAUGAAUAUCUGGCUGGUGCCGUGGUACACACCAGUGCUGGUAGAAGCAAACAAGCUCUGGUUCUAUGCAAUUUGCACAUCUCUGACAAGAACCAUCUGGCAGCUGUUGUUUGACCAAAAUAGCCGCAACAGAGAACCAAGGAGCAAAUCUAAGGCAGAGAAAAGAAAGUCCAAGUCAAAACCUGCUCCUCAUUCAACUCAGGGCCCCUCUAGUACAGCUCUGAUCAGAAAAAUUGUCGUCGGUGGUUGCGAUAUCACUCUCCCCGCUUCUUUUCUAGGCUGGACUACACUCGGGGACCUAGGGAUUGGUGUGGGGAUGGUGGUGAGCACGGUGCUUGCUUCGUUGGAUGUUUGGGAGAAGGCGCAAUGA